AUAAGACAGCAGACGCAGUAAAAUGUUCCUUCACUUCAACCACAACAACAGGGAUUACUCAGCUGACCACUGGAACCAACUCCCAGCACAGGACCCGAGGAUGAUGAGGAUGAAGCUUGCUGUGAACCUGCUGUCUCUGCUGUGUCUGUCUGCUGCUGCCCAGAAGAAAUGGACCCAGGAGACGUCUGAGUGGGACCACCGAGAAAAAUCUAAUGGCAGAAGCUGUUCAAACCUGACACAGGUGCUGGACAACUGGAAAUACGCCAUCAUGUACCAGGUGAAGGACAUGCUGGUCAACGAUCAUGCCUCCAUCCUGCCAGAAUACAUCAGGAUUCAGCCCCUCUCAGAUGCGGUGGGAGAGCUUUACAAGCAGUUCAACACUCUGAAGGAGAACCUGGCCGAGCUAACCAGCAAGUUUGACAAAGUGGAAAGCUUUGUGGACGAGAUUCAAGCAGGAAAGCUUCCUAAGCCAAAACUCUGGAUUCCUCCGAGACUCCCGGUCAGGAGAAUCCCAGUGAAAAGUGCAGUGAAAGUCCCAGGUAAAACAGUGUGGGCUCAGAGGAGGGCCAGAAGAGGACCUGGUACUUAGCAGAUUGUCAGUAAAUCAGUGGACUCAAUCUGGAGACGCUUUUAAAACAGAUGAGCCUGUCAGAUAUUCACAUACUGGGAAUUUCAGUGUUUUAUAUCACAAAAUGUUAUGAGAAAGAGUAUGCAUAUGAAAUGCAGUGGGUUAUUCGAACUGUACAUAGUAU